CAUUAGUGAAACGGAACGCUAUCUAUGCCGCAGCGCAGUGUCUGCUAUCUAUGCGCUCGAUGUGUGAAACGGAACGGACCCUUUAAAUGAGUCAAAAAAAUUAUAGGUUACGUUUCAUGCGCCGAAUAUAUUGGAGAUUUAACAAUAUUAUUUAAUUUGAGUUUGUUAUUUUUAAUCGAUAUAAAACACAAUGAAACUCACGCGUGUGUUGUAUAAACAACAUAUAGGUAGACAGAUUGCUAAAUUAUGGUAUGUCAAACGAGAACGCAAGAUACCUAUUACUAAGGCAGAAGGAUAUCUGUCAACAUUAGGGAUUCAGGUGAAGGAUGCUUCAGAAGUGGCCUGCCCAAAGCAGAUACAUCCAAAGUUAAACUUAGAAUUUCUAAAACCUAGAGAACUAUCAUUUGAUGAAACACAUCCUGAUUGGAAAGCUCAAACUUGCUUAAUAUUUAAGGAUCACAAUGUUUUGCAAGAAGGCUUUUCCCAAGCACAGAUAUUAACGAACACUGUAUGCCUGCCGAACAGUCAGAAUUAUAUCCAAGAUUCGUUUCCAGAUUUGCCAGAACACAUAGAUGACAUAGUAAAAAGAAUAAUUUAUACUUCAAAUAUAUUUGAUGCUCAUCAAGAAAUAUUACCAAAGAAAAAAAAUCCUGAAAAACUUUCAUGGGUAUAUCCCAGAGAUUAUGGCAUAACUAAUUGCAGAAAAAUGCGGAACUUAUCUAAAAAAUUUGUACAACUUUGUGAGUCCUUAUCAGGUCCAGAUAUCGCGCAAAAACGUUGUGUAUUUUAUGAUGGGAUUACAAAAUUAAACUUGGAUAAAGAGUCAGAUUUCAUCCAAUUCAUCCUAAGAUCAGAUGUAAUGAUCAUGUCGGCAAAUCUUUUAAAACCGAUAGAAAGUUCCAAUAGUUCCAUAGAAAUAGAUUUGCCAAAUAUGUAUCCAUUACAUUACACUAUUGGCUUGGACGAGACAAACUUUUAUAAAACUGAAGAGAUGUAUCCUGUCAGCACAACUUCGCCUUGGAUAAAUGUUCAUACCAUCUUUGUGCAUUAUGAUCCUGAGGAAGUGAAAAAUCUGACAGAAUUACCUGUGACGCAGAAUCAAAUUAUCGGUCGCACAUUGUUAAAGACAUACACCGCGGCAGUGUCCUGUGCACGACAAAAGUUUGGUUUAUCUGUGAAGAAACUGCCAGAACCUGUGACCGUACAGUGCAUUCAGUCAGAUGGGAAGAAUUAUCACUUUUUCAUAUUUCAACUCAAUUCGUUAGACACUAAUGAUACUAACACGAAGAAUUUCUGGUGCGCUUUGCCGCCGUUGACGCUCUAUAAAAAAGCUGAAUAUGAUAAUGGUAAGCCAGUAGUUGAGGGAUAUAAUCAAGAGGUAUUUAGGAGAAUACUUGCAUUUUAUAGGAAUGGAAGUUAAAUAAAAAAUCUAUUAAAUUAA